UUGUCUUCCCUUCUGAGAUCAUUACAAAUUGCGUUUUCUCCGGAAGCUAUUUCAAAACAGACGCUAUCUAUCAACGCCAAGGCGAGGAUGGAUUAUAUGGAUAUGUUUUUGUUUGUUAUUUUGGUAUUUACUGAAAUACUUGGAGUUUUUACUCAAGGGAUCCCUGCUGACAGAACCUUUGAGGUGUGUACAGGAUCACGUGUGACAAUGACGUUUGAGGGUGCAAACUAUAACCAAGGCGAUCUUGAAAGCUGGCACUUCACAUCUCCAGGAUCUAAAGAAGUAGAUGUGGCUCUUGAAUUUGGGACCUCUCCAUUCCAACCUGUGACUGCGUAUAAAGGAUAUGGAUUGGAAAAAGUUGGAAGGCAGGGCAUAGUGAUACCUAAUAUUUCAGCAAAUGACAGUGGGCUGUACAGAUUUAACCAGGAUGCAAACUUCAGAUACAAUGUAACAGUAAAAGAUCCCUGCUUGGAAUCCACAGAUCCUGUUCCUCAGGAAGAUGAAAUGUGUUUAAAAGUUCAAUGUAUGACAAAGGCAACAUUCCAGAGACUGGAGAUAGGAGAUGUCACAGACCAAGUUACCCAGAAUCCUUACACUUUGUGUGGUACCUCUGUUGUCACGGUGACUUGUGUAGUUGAGCAGGGAGGUCAGGAGUUGACAGACAUGACCACUUUCGAUCUGACAACCAGGAAUGAAAAUGGUGAUGAUAAUGGGGAGAAGAAAUCCGGAGAACUAAGUGGAGGAGAGAUUGCUGGGAUAGCUGUCGGCGCCGCUGGUUUUACUGCCUUGACAAUUGCCAUGUUCUGUGUUGUCUUGAAGAAACGAGACAAUAGCAGAGGUUUCCACAAUCCAUUAUCUACCUAGACCUGUGCAUGGUGCCGUGAUGAAAUACAACCAAACAAGAACAGUUUAUAAUCAACAUAAAAGCCGAGUGGUCAAGUGACUCAAUGGUCAGUCAGUUUAUCUGUCAUCUAGAUGAUCGGGGUUUGAUUCCUCUAUGGUUCAUGAAAAGGUAUGGAAUCAACUGCUGGACAGCAUUGGUUUUCACUAAUUACUGCAUAUUGUCCCUGUUAGAAAAUGGAGCCUACCCAAGUGAUAAAUAUAGGUUUUAAUUUGUUGUAUAUUGGAUGUAAAAUUUUAUCUUAGAAGUUCCUCUACACUGUCGGGCUACGAUUAUUGUUUCUGUAUACAGGAAGAAAGUAAUUACUGUAUGGAAUGUAAAUACAAUGAAACAUUGUAUGUAGCCUCAUGGUACGUAACUUUUACUUGCAAUGUUUGGAUGACAAUGUGUCGGCUCCAUAUGACGUUAAGAAUAGGGCCGGAGAUGACGAGAUAUGCGGAAACCACUUGACCGGAGCAGCGAUAUUGAAGAUAUCUCAUCAUGAUGAAAAGGAAAACAAUAUGUUGUAUUAAAGGAAGAGAUUUGUACUAUGUCCAAUCUGAAAUAUACCUGUCAACCUUCCCAAUUUUUUCGAGGAAGUGUCUUAUUAUUUUUCCCAAUUUCUGCUUUUGCCAUUAAUAAUCAUUAACAUUAAUUAAUUUAUAACAUUAAAUGGGAGUAUUGCAUAUAGCAUAUUUUAAAUAAGAAGAUUUACAGCAUUAUUUGAUUGUUUAGAUUCAUUGAAUGAUAGUAUUACAAAUAUAUUGAAACGCUGCUAAAAGUUUUAUCUUUAAUGACAAUUUUAGAAUGUUGACAAGUAUGCUGAGGAGUAUGUUAAAAGAUACCAGAAAAACUUGUCUAGAUAAAGAUGACACUUAAAACAAACACCUAUCAAGAUAGACAAUAUAUGUGAAGACACCUUUCUGGAUAGGUGACACAUACUAAGACACCUGUCUAGGUAGGUGACACAUACAAAGAUGCAUGUCUUCUCCAGGGAGUGACACCUACAAAGACACCUGUCUGGAUAGGUGACACAUACAAAAACACCUGUCUAGAUAGGUGACACAUACAAUAACACAUGUUUAGAUAGGUGACACAUACAAAGACACCUAUCUAGAUAGACACAUACAAAGACACCUGUUUAGAUAGGUGAUGCAUUCAAUAACACAUGUCUAGACAAGUAACACAUACAAAGACACAUGUCUGGAUAGGUGACACAAACAAAGACACCUGUCUGGAUAGGUGACACAUACAAAGACACAUGUCUACUCCAGGGAUUGACACAUACAAAGACACCUGUCUGGAUAGGUGACACAUACAAAGAUACCUGUCUAGAGGGGUGACACAUACAUAAACACCUGUCCAGAGAGUUGACACCUACAAAGACACUUGUCCAGAUAGGCGACACAUACAAAGAUACCUGUCUAGAGGGGUGACACAUACAUAAACACCUGUCCAGAGAGGUGACACCUACAAAGAUAACUUGUCCAGAUAGGCGACACAUACAAAGAUACCUGUCUAGAUAGGUGACACGAACUUCAGGACUCAAUUUUGGUGACACAUAUAAAGACACCUGUCUGGAUAGAUGACACAUACAAAGAUACCUGUCUGGAGAGGUGACAAUUAGCCUCUAGACUGGCUACCAGCCUGUAAGUAUUUAUGAAGAAUUUCUCGGCUGCAUUUUACUGCUAGCUUAUCUCC